GAAGCAUGAAAAGGAGACCUCCCAGUCCGUGUACAUGGCUGGACUUCUAGUUGGGGCUGCCAUCUUUGGACCUCUCUGUGACAGGAUUGGCCGCAGGCCCACCAUCCUCAUCUUGCUGAUCCUCCAUGCUGUGUUUGGCAUUGGGACAGCCUUCGUCCCUGACUUCUACUUCUACAUGGCUCUCCGGUUCGCUGUGGCCAUGGCAGUGGCUGGCUAUGCCAUCAGCAAUGUCACCUUGAGUGAGUGUCCCAGGCAGGUCCUCAGUUCCUCUGAGGAAGGCGACUAAAGGGACCCACUCUGACCUCCCUCCCACGUCUAGGGAUCCUUGUGGAUGAACUAGAGCAUCCCUCUCUGAAGCCUGGUCAUCAGAGCUGUUACAAGCAUUUAAGGAGAGUGGGAGGAGGAAGGGCAUCAACCUGGAGAUGGAGGUCACCUGUGGGUUCUCCAUCCUUUA